UCGGGGCGGUUGCGGUCGCUCCCCGCCCUCCUCCUUCGGUCGCCGGGUAACGCUCCGUGCCCGCGGCCCGGCCCGGCCCGGCCCGGCGGCUCCGCCAUGGCCCAGCCCAGCCCGGGCGUCCCCCGGCGCUUCGAGGAGCUCACCUUCUACCGCGGCUACGGGCAGCCGCCGGCUCACCCCCGCUUCCGGACCGCCAACCAGACCUACGGCAGCAGGGCCCCCACGGUGCACGAGCUGCCGAGCUCCUUCCACAUCCUCCCGCACAAGUUUUCGGAUCAUCUGGGCAGGAUUGGCAUGUGCAGGAACGAGAGCCUGAACACAUCCCUGGAGAAGAGCCACUGCACCGGCCCCGACACCUUCAUCACCGCCUACGAGCACCUGGAUUUCCACCCCAGCUACAACCCCAGCGGCCCCUCGCACUGCCGGGACCAGCCGCUGUAGGCAGCUUUUGUCUGCCUUAAAAACGUCCACAGCCGGCCUUGAUCCUAAAAGGACCCACCAGAUUGCGGAGGGAGUGUUACUAGGAGUAUUUAGUGAUGAUUUUAUGUGGUUAAGUGUCAGUUAGGUAGCUCCAUUGAAGCGUUUUACCUAAUUUUUCAGCAGCAUAUAAAUACUAGAAAAGAUAAAUUCUGUUUUUAUCCCCUUAUCCUCUUCCCUGCCACUAAGGAUCCUUUACACUCUUGCCUUAUGUAGUACAUAUCAUUAAAAAUGAAGAGCUAAA